AUGGGCGGCGAGGACUCCGGAAGCGCACUAGCCAAUCGGGUGGAUGCACGUUGUGGCUACAAUAACCUUGAUUCAUUCUUUGCUAGACGCAUCGUCAGCGAGCUGGAUGCUCUAUUGAAUGAGCAUAAUGAAUUGUUGAAAAUAUUCAAAUCCCACAUGCACAAAUUAGAAAGCGAUAAUCACGCUAUUGUUAUUAAUCCUGAUAAAACACCAGCUGGAGAACACAUUCGUAGAUUCAAUGCACCUGUUGCUGACGACGUUGCUGGAAUCAUGGUUGGCGAUCGUACAGGAGCCGAAACAAACAAGAACGUUAGCUCGAAGGAUUAUUAUGCGUAUAGAUUGAUGAUUAGACGCGGGCUGGAUAACGUCAUUCUACGAUUUCGAGAGCUUUGUCAACAAUUCAUGGUCGACAUGUACGCGAAGAUAGAAGGCGAACGACUACGAUACUUACGAUAUAAUGAACUCAAGCUACGUGUGGAAGAGUACAUUCACUUGCGAGACGCUAUUAUCAACAACGCCGACGCCGCCGAAAUUGGUAACUCUGUCAUUCUACCAUCAUCGUACGUAGGCAGUCCACGUCAUAUGCAAGAGUAUAUACAGGAUGCUCUGACUUUCCUGCGCGAAUAUGGACGACCGUGUUUAUUUAUCACGUUCACAUGUAAUCCAAAAUGGCCAGAGAUUACAUCUUUGCUGUUGCCUGGCCAAAAUGCAAUACAUCGUCAUGACAUUACAGCACGUGUGUUUAGACAAAAGCUGAAGUCAUUAAUAAAUUUUAUUACUAAAUCACAUGUAUUCGGUCCCACACGUUGCUGGCUGUAUUCGGUUGAGUGGCAAAAGCGAGAAUUACCUCAUGCCCACAUUUUGGUUUGGUUAAUCGACAAAAUCCGUCCUGAAAAAAUAGAUAAUAUAAUUUCUGCAGAAAUUCUCGAUCCGUCUACUGAUCAAUUGCUGUUUGAUAUUGUUACAGCAAACAUGAUUCAUGGCCCAUGCGGUACUUUUAAUCGUUCAUCGCCUUGCAUGUCAGAUGGAAAAUGUACAAAAAAUUUCCCUAAAGAUUUCACUAACGAUACAAUCACAAAUGUCGACGGAUAUCCAAUAUAUCGUCGAAGGAAUCCAGAUAAUGGCGAACAAUCAUUUAUUAAAAACAUCAGCAACACAAACAUUGAUAUUGACAAUCGUUGGGUCGUGCCAUAUUCGCCCCUGCUGAGAAAAACAUACAAUGCUCAUAUUAAUGUUGAGUUCUACAGUUCUGUGAAGAGCAUCAAAUACAUUUGCAAGUAUGUCCAUAAAGGCAGUGACAUGGCGGUGUUUAGAGUGGAAAAUACCAAUGUGAAUGCUCCUCCAGUAAAUAAAAACGAUGAAAUAACGCUCUACCAAAUAGGUCGGUACAUCAGCUCCAAUGAAGCUGUUUGGCGUAUCUUUGGUUUUCCAAUUCAUGAACGGGAUCCAGCAGUUGUUCAGUUAGCCGUUCAUCUUGAAAAUGGUCAGCGUGUAUAUUUCACGAACGAGACAGCGAUUAAUCGUGCUAUAAAUCCACCAAAAACUACACUCACUGAAUUUUUUGAAUUGUGUAAUAGUGCGGAUGAUUUUGGUGCCUUUGCACAAGAAAAAAUAAUUACGGAAAUUCUCCUUCUUGGAGAGUUUACGACAAAACAACUAUUGUUGGUUAAUGUUACUGGCCCAUUGUCAUCUCAAGAUAUACGUAAAGUGAAUGGGCAACAGUAUACAACGUAUAAAGAUGCAUGCCUUGCACUCGGCUUGCUAGAAGAUGACAAUCAGUGGGAAUGUAUGCUUGCUGAAGCAGCAUUGAACUUUACAGCAAUACAAAUUCGUCUACUAUUCGCUAUAGUGUUGACUACAUGUUUUCCAGCCCGAGCAGAGAUAUUGUGGGAUAAUCACAAAGAUUCAAUGACUGAUGAUAUAUUGCAUCAACAUCGUACACGGUGUAACGAUCUAGCGAUAACAUUCAGCGACGAUAUGUACAAUGAAGCAUUGAUUGCUAUUGAGGAUCUUUGCAUUAUCAUUGCCAACUUACCACUCAGUCAUUUCGGUAUGAAUUCGCCAAAUCGAGGUGCAACUGAUUUAAUGAACACUGAAAUGAAUCGUGAAAUGCAGUACAACACUGUAGAAACGGCGGCGAUUGUUACUCGCAAUGUCCCACUAAUGAAUGAGGAACAAAGAACCAUUUACGACCGCAUUAUGCUCGCAGUUUCAGCAGGACAAGGUGGGUUCUUCUUUUUAGAUGCACCAGGUGGAACUGGCAAGACAUUCCUUAUUUCGCUAAUUCUCGCCAAAAUACGAUCCAAUAAUGGCAUCGCAUUGGCCGUUGCAUCAUCGGGCGUUGCGGCAACUUUAUUGGAUGGAGGCAGAACAGCUCAUUCAGUAUUUAAGCUACCACUAAAUAUUCAAAAUAACCGUGACGCAGUGUGCAACAUAAAAAAACAAUCGUCCAUAGCCACAGUGCUGAAACAGUCAACUUGUGAAAAAAUGAUUUUGCAUUUAUGGUAUUUAAGUGAUGAACUUGCCAUUUUAUCAUUAUUUGACGAUACCGUUUCAUUGGAAGUAAAAAAAAAUAUUGUUGGAGCUGCUAAUACUCGUAACGGUACAGAUUCUAAAGCUAAAAAAUUUAUAAUUGAUAAAAACGAUUUGAAUUCAUUAACGCAAAAAAGUCUGAGUGACUUUGUUUCUAAAAAGUCUUUAAAUCUCUUUAAAAUCUUUGAUUUACCAUAUGACUUCCUUGAUAAAGAUAUUGAAUCGUGGCCUACUAAUGACAGUUACAUUGAAAAUAAAGAAUACUUUAACCAAUUGAAAGUUGUUAAUGAUUCGGCAGAACGAGCUGUUGCAUUAGUUAGUGAGUAUAAUCAAUGCUUGACAAAAAAUGAAGAUCAAUUCCAAUACUUAUUGCAAGUUAUCAAAGAACAUCGAAAAAAAUACCCAAACUGCAAUAGAGGAAAUUAUUUACAGUAA